AUGACGGCCGCUCAAAAGGCCGAAGUCAGCACGGCCUUUAAAAUUCUGGACAAGCACGGUACAGGAGAAGUUAGCACGUCCGACGUUAGGGUGGCACUUCGCGGUCUGGGCAUAGAGCCGGACGCCUUGGAGAUGGUCAACAUCUUGGGUGUUGCCGAUGUAGAACCGUGUACUUCGGCCGUGUCUUACAAUCAGUUUUUGACAAUUUUCGAACGAGUACUCUGCGACGCGACUCUGACUCCCUUGGAUGUGUGUCGGGUUUUCUCCAUCAUUGGGAGCUCUUACGACGGUCGAAUGCGAGCUCAACACUUGCUCGCCGCUGCCUACAGUUGCGGUCUUAAGUUCACGGACGAGCAAGUGGCCGAAAUGUUGGCGAAGGCGUCCAACUCGAACAAUCACUCGUGUUCGGUCGAAGAAUUAAACGAAUUUUUAAGUACCGCCACGAUGGUCUAA